AUGGGCAUUUUGACCGGUGGUGGAAAUCAAAAGGAGUACCAGAGAAGUGUUAUUGCAACAUUUUCCCCACAAGUAUCUGAAGUGUUGAACAUUGAAAAUGGUAAUGUAGCACACAAUUGGUUGUCGCACACUUCCAUUGAAACUUCUACAUUUGGUGGUACCAACCUUGACUUUGAUAAUAUGUCUGACGAUGAAAUGCUAGACCCCAAUGUUUUGAGGUUGAUGACCAAUAUGCAGCUACACUCUUCAGCCAUACCCAAUGAACAACGUGAUUUGAUUCUUUCAAUAGGGAAUGGAGACGAUUCUGUCGAUGAGAAUGGCGAGAUAAGUGAACAAGGGAUCCUUGCUCCAAUUUUGGAUGCUAUUGUGCACAUCAACAAUACCCUUUUAUCAUUGAUUCCAGGUAUUCCAAAUCACAAGUUCACACUUAAAGUAGGUUGUCCUGCAAUGUUAUUGAGGAAUAUCGGUCAAGCUGUUGGGCUGUGUAACAAAACAAAAAUUACAAUCACUCACUUAGGCAAGAAUUUUUUAGGGGAAACUGUCAUCACAGGAAAAACUGCGGAUGAAAAAAAUUCUAAUUCCAAGAAUGAAUAUGGUUCCGAGUGA